AUGGCCGGAAGAUAUCACCUUUCAGAGGGGGAGAGGCAUGCACUGUUGAAACCCUCCGUGAUUCAUAUGGCAGAAGUAGUUCGAAACAAUGUGAGCUCUGCGGGAUCAAGGGACCCAGGCCAGCUUCGGGUUUUCGCCGGACGGAGACUAAGACGACAGCGCACAUGUUGUUCAUCCUCGCUUGCGUUAUUUGCUUCCGUGGCUUCCCUUGUGGCUAUUGUGGCUUUUCUAGCCCUGUGUCUGGCCGCUGAUGUCGGGAAACGGGGGGCGGGAGUGGAACGACGUAUUCUUUCAGACAUCGGGGGAGAUAACGAGCUCUCUGAUGUUCUAGAAAGUUGUGUUUCGCUGGAGGAAGACCUUCGUCUUCAUCGCGCUGCUUCUGUGCUUCAAGGGAGAAAUUGGUCUGGGCAGCCUUUGCAAUUGUAUGAGCCUACCGAACUUAUCGAUCGACACACCGAUCAGAGAUUUCUUCGAUUUGGUGGAGAAUUUCACGACAACUCUAGGGGAUUCGCUGGGAUGGAAUCUAGUGCAGUUGAAGGAACUUCGCUCUCGUGGGGCGGCCAGAAUUAUGAACCGUUUGGACAGGCGAUCCAGUGGCACUCGGAUCAAAGGCCUGAAUGGCCUUCGGCUGGACAGAGUGACAGCGAUGACGCUACCAACGAGGGAAGUGAUCGUGGAUUUGGGGGUUCAUCACACACCACCGCACAGCAACAAGUGCUAGCUGGCGAUUCCUUGCCUCGCGAGAAUGGAAAUAGCAACGCUUUCGAUGCUUUAGCUCCAGAUGCCUGGCUGGGAUUUAUUCCGCAGUUACUUUUUGAAAAUGAAGAGAUGGAAAAAGCACAGAUGAGCAAUUUUGGUCAAUCUUCAGUCGAUAAUUCGGAGCAGUUGACCACGCAACAGUUUGUGCCUUCGCUGCAUUUGACGCCACCGCCUGCUGCUUGUUCGGCAUCCCCGAACACAGAUGACGCAAGACGUCGUAGGGGUCUACAGUUAGGAAGCUGGACCUUAGGGAUUGUACCUGCAUUCAGUUCGCAUGGCAUACAGCAAAACCCCCGCGAUGAAGCAGUAGAGGCGGCACUCCAGGAGCGCGCACACAUGACAGCAACCUGGGGUGCAUUGGCCUCAAAGACUGCCGAGCAAGUGUGUUCUUCAUCAGGAUCGUGUUUGGAAUAUGCAUGCAGAAAUGGCCGUGGUUGUGUUGAUACUCAACCCACAGCUGUGGGGCACACAUCGGAAGCCUAUGAGGAAAACGCACAGCAAGCAUUACACGCACUAGGAGAUGUAGCUGACAUGCAUCGGGAGCCGGAGGUGUUGAGCUCUGAUGCCGCUGAGCCGGAAAGCCAGCAGGCGAAAAGGAGGCGUUUUUCGAGGGACAUAAGCUUGCAUCCUUUUGUGCGGCUGCCUGUGGUUCUUCGGAAAGAUAUCCACCGGAGGUUUCGUAGUGAGUGUGUACUGGGAAAUUAUGUAGGUGACACAAGCCCAAUGCAGAUGUAUGUGAUAAUGCGUGACCUGUUUGCGAAGCCUGCACUAAAUGCUGAAGAGGUCGAGCUGCUUUUGACUACAGCUGAACGGUUGGCCAAUUAUGCAAAAAAAAAGUUGUGCAAGAGUACGAAAACAAAGGCACCAACCUAUGUGGCUAAGAAGUUGGCAUCAAUGCUUGUGGCACUUGAUUACCUGGUAUGCACGAUCGAGCUGCUUGGGGACAAAAUGGAUGCUAAAAGUUGGUGGCGCCCGCUUGUACAGGGCAUGAAUACAGACUAUGAGAUUCCGAAGAAGCGAUAUGCAUUACCAGAGACCAACAGUCUGGUUGAGUGGACUGCCCGUAUGAGUGCUGCAUUGUCCAUUUAUAAGACAGGAGUGCGCCCACCGCUUGAAGAGAUUGUUCAACUGAAACAGAUGAUAUUUACACGCUUGUGCGUCAAUUGUCAGUUUGAGAAUAGACUGUGGGAUCUUUGGCGGGAAGAUGAUAGGAUGUUUUCUGGCACCUCGGAGACAACCUAG